AUGAAGCCCCUCGUGCUGCUGACCCUGCUGGCCCUGCUCACCCUGGGUGUCUGCCGCAGAGCUGCCCAUCGCUCCACCAGCGCCGACGACUCUCCCAGCUCUGAAGCUUUCAUCUCCAGGCGUGCCAGUGCCCAGGUGGUCCAGAGGCAGAAGCGGAAUUACGGCUAUGGCAGCAGCGUCUAUGCAGCCCCGCCGGACCCGCUGGAGGCGAAGCGUGAGGUGUGCGAGCUCAACCCCGACUGUGACGAGCUGGCCGACCAGGUCGGUUUGCAGGAGGCGUAUCGGCACUACUACGGCUUCGUGUAGCCCCCGCCGCCCUCUGGCCGAG